CUAAAUCAUGAGCGUCCAUGGAGAAAAUACGAUUCUGUUUUCAAAACACAAAUGAAAAUGGCGGGCUAAGCAGAGCUCCACUGUUCUCUUGCUUUUUUCAAAUCGAGCGCUACUCUCUCUUGCUCUCUCCGGUUCACACGACGCAAAGGGCUUAAGAAGCCAUCUGGGACUGGAGAUGGAGAGCACAGUAGGGGCAACUGUGCGGGCGCAGAUGGAGGAAUUGAGGCUCAAAUGCGCCGGAGAAAUACCGAUCAUGCAGCGCCGCAUCGACUCUGUCACCGCAACCUUUCAGAAAUCUCUCGAUUCGAACAAAUCCAAAGCUCAACAGACCGUUCAACUUCAUGGGAAACUCGCGAAAUUGAAAGCUGAGCUUAGAGAGGUGGAAGAUGGAUUGGUGAAAGCACUUGCAGUAAAAACCAGAAAGGAGGCAAAGCGGAUAGCGAUAGCAGAUUCACUAUCCGUGACAAAAGCAAGAAUAGAAGAACUUAAAGGAGUUGUUGAAGAUCAUAGGGCGAGAAGAGAUGAAUAUGCCGCAAUAAUAUCUGAACAAUCCAAUGCUCUGAAAGCAUGUGAGGAGAAGCGUAACCAGAAUUCUGAACAUAGAGACGAAAUAGAAGAGGCUAUUUUGUGGUACAACAGGGUCCUUGGUUUUCGGGUUGAGUGUGGCAGUGGAGUAAAGUUCAUCUUUACAAACAUUAAUAUGAAGGACCCCCAUGAGGAGUACUCCUUUACUGUUCGUCAUGAGAAUGAUUCCUAUACUUUGCUUGAUUGCGAUCCACAUCUAAAUGACAUAAAAGAGCUGCUCACUGAGUUAAAUAAAAGCAACGGUCUAUUCAAAUUUGUCAGGACUAUGAGGGAAAAAUUUCAAGAAGCUGCAUUAUACGGAAAUUUUCCUAAAGUGACAUCUCAAGACCAAGAUACUUCCACGAUAUCUGUGUCUGCUCCAGUUUGUUCAGUCUCAACUGAUUGUGGAAGUGAAUCUCCAUCCAAGCAAAGAGGUCCUCAAGCUGAAGAAUUCAACAGAAACUCAAAGAAACUUAGGCAUGGUAAAGGAGGCAGGUCAGGGCUCCUCUCUCCUGGAUCUGCUUCAUCUCUUCGUCGCUCUCCGCGUUUUAAGGUCAAGAAGUGAACAUAAGCGGAGGAAUUUUCUUUUGACUUCAGCCUGUAAUUACACCUUGAAGUUUCCUAACCCAAUCAGUUUGACAAAUGCAUCUAGGUGUAAUGUACAUUAGAAGUGGCACCCAAGGGGCCAAAAGGCUUGUGUUGUUAUUAGGGUUUGUAAUUCACAAACUACACUUCCACAUUUGGACUUGCAUUUCAUGGCUUCAGCCUAUUAUUCUUCAGUUGUAUUAAUUCAUGGCUUUCUUUUAUGAACUUUAUUUUUUUUUAGAGUAAUUUAUACUUUUAGUCUUUGACUAUUGCAUCAUUGUAAUAUUUUUUCAAGUUUGCCUUAUUACA